AUGAGUGACAGCGACGAGAUCCUGAGUGGGACUGAUGAGGAUGACAUUCUCCAGGCAAUACAACAAAAGCCCAAACUGAAGAAACCCAGAGAUUCUGUUUCAGGUAAUGCUGCUAGUUCUGCUGUGAAAUCUACACCAAAGCCACUUCUAGAUCUGGACGAUGAAAUUUUAAUCCCUACGGUGUUUUUGACCCAGGGCGCUAAGAACGCCAACCUCCUACAAAAAGCCAAUACCAUAUCCAAACACAUUGAGGAAGAGCGAGAGAAGGCUAGACAACAAAGGGAAGAGAUUGAUGGACUAAAGAGAGAGAUCUUGGCUGAAAUCAACGACAAUGGCUCCACAAUGCAAUACACUUCUAAAUCAGCCCAUGCAUUCGUGGAAUUGUACCUCAAGAGCCAUUUUAGUAACCACUAUUCGCUACGAGAGCACCGACAUUUUUACUUCUUUGGAGAUGUGUACAAGGUUGUUUUGGGAAAAGUGCCAGAGAAAGAGAAGUCUUUGAUUGAGACGUUGUUGUUUCUUGAAGAGGGAACGCUUCAUGCUUACAACCAGGCAUUGUUGCUGAAAGGAGUUAGUGCUGAACACAUUGCUUUUUGGUUUAUUGAAAACUGCUUUGAUGAAGCGGUAUUGGUGAAAGUUUUGCGGUUCUUACAGCAGUACAGUUGCCUUGGGUCAAUGCUGCUGUGUUUGAGUGAGUCGCUUGAGAAAGUCAGCGGCACAAAAAUCAGCUUUCUGAUGCCUUUGAAAAUUAGACACUUCAACAAUAACGUGUACUUGUCCAUUCUACGAGCGGCGAUGCUAUUUGCCGUAUACCCCGCCACACAGAACAGAGAAACAUACAUCCUCAGUUUUAUAUUGGCAUCUUCUGAUUUUUAUGCGAAUAAGCACCACAGAGAAACACUACGGGAACAUAUUGUGAGACCGGUGUUUAAAAAAAUCAUAUCCUUUUCCGAGGAUGUAUCUGCUGAGUUCCAACUACUGUGGCUGCAAAUCAAGACUCAUCUCUACGGGAAAGAUCCUGAUGACAACAAACAAAAGUACUACGAACUCAUUUACAACUUCCUUACUCAUCUUCAUGAAGUCGUCGGGUCAGAAGAGAGUAAGCAUCUAGAGGUAGUUCUUCUGCUUGUCAAGGACUUUCUCCAUGAUACCUUUGACGAUGGCGCAGUAGCCUCGCUGGAAAGUAACAGAGAACCGCCAUCCAUUUCCGGUCCUUCCAUAACUGUCGAAGACCUCUCAAGUGUUCUAUUUGAUUCGCUUCCUCGGUCCACUUCCAUCCGAAACUCAACCACGGCAAACUCCAUUUAUAAGUAUGUCUUCAAAGCCAGACUUUGCACCAAGCUUCUUACUGGCUUGCUUUAUGGAAAUGGAGAAAAAAAGCCCUUCUUAAGACUUCACGGCUCGCUCCAUACUGUCAAGGACGCUCUCCAGCAUGACAUGAGUCAGUGGCUAUACGUGAACAACGAUGUUUCGUAUAAACGAGACGUUUCAACGGCUCUUAGCGAAGCUUACCACAUAAUUGACCACUUCAGCAAUGUUUUGAAUAAAAACCUUCCCCUCAUCCAAAAUGACAUGUUCUAUGAGGAUCUGUGA